CCCCUCCUCUGCCCCUCCCGGCCCCUCCGCCGCCCGCUCCGGCCUCCGCCCGCCCGCUCCGCGACGCCCCGCGGCCAGGGGCGGGCGGCGGCGGCGCCUCGUCCCCAUCCCGCAGCCGAGGAGGCGGCGGCGCUGACGCAGCAGCGGCGCGGAGCCCGGGACUCGCGGCGCUCCCGCCGCUGGAUUUCUCCCCCCGGGGCCUGCGGCAGCUUCCCGGAUUGGACAUUGAUCCUAUGACGCAUGCCCGGAAGAAACAGCUUUUCCUUCUGAAACACCCAGCUGGUUGUGCUGGCCAGGCCUCGGGCGGCAGGAGGAUGGACAGGGCCGGCACGGAGCGCGGGGAGCAGCGGGACGGAGACGCCUCCGAGGCUCCCAGCGGUCCCGGGGGCUUCGUGGGGACUCACAAAGGCAAGAGCCCGCGCGAGGUGCGCAAGACGUACCCGCUGCGCCGGCGCCUGCCCCCCUCGGUCAGCAAAAAGACCUGCAAGGUGCUGCUCACCCGGCUGGAGGAUGUGGCCGGGUCUCUGUCCAAGCAGAGCCAGAGCUGUAAAAAAAAGCACCUUCCCAGCUGGAUGGAGGGUUUGUUCUCCGAACAAGCGCAGCCCGUGGGAGCGGGGAAGAGCGAUUCACCUGGGGAGAAGGGCACAGGGACUUACCCAGGGCCGGAGCAGGACCUCGAUGCUGCUCCGUCGGAGCCCAGGAAGCGCCGCCUGGCCUCGCUGAACGCGGAGGCCGUGAACAACCUGCUCUUCGAACGGGACGACGGCUUGUUAUCCGGCAGGCGCUUCCGCAGGGACUCCGGGAAACCCGCUGGGGACUGUGCCCUGAAGGGCUUGCAGUGCAAAGCUGGGGACAACUGGCCUGCCCUGGAGAAACCGGCUGUGAAAACCGGGAAAGGAAAGAACCGACCCGAGCCCGGUCAGAAAUGCAACAGCUGCGAGCAUUCGGUGGACGAGGUCUUUGAUGAUGGGACAAAGAGGGAGGACGGAACCGUCUCCUACCAUCCCACCCCAAAGAGACUGGCCAGCCUCAAUGCCGUGGCCUUCCUCAAGCUGACCCACGAGAAAGACCAGCCCCUGAAGCCGCGGAGUAAAGCGGACGGAGAGGGCAAGUCCGAGAACCACUGUUCAAAAUCCAUGCUCAAAUGGGCCAAAGCCGGGAGGAAGAACUGUGUCAAAUCCAAGAAGGAAGCGACCAGCUUAAAAAUGGACGGGCAGCACGGCUGGCAAGGCCAGGCCCUGGGCACCUUUGGGAAAGGGGAGCAGCGGGACUCCUCCAGGCUCUACGGGACAACAGAGCCCGUCCCCUAUGAGUCACUGUCCAGCUCCUACGCAAGCACCGAGGGCUUCUACCACAGACUGCCUUUGCUUAUGGGAGGACAAGCUUCCAUGAAGCCAGAGUAUGGAAGACCCGGAGAGAAAUCCCCGACCCCCAAACAGGAGUUUCAUCAGCCUUCCUUUCCCGUGCAGCAGUUCCCUCCCUUGCCCGUGCCCGGGAAUCACGCGGAUUGUGGAUGUCUCUACGAAUCCUCGGAUCUGACCCCGUUGAACGGGUUUUACGUUUAUUACGGCCAAAGCGGAUACAGUGGCUACUCCCCCUGCUCCGUUUACCCCAAGGACGAGCUGUCGCAGGCCGCCACCUGCGAGGGGCUCCUGGUGUCUCCCGGGGCGCUGCCGUCGGGCGCGCCCCUGCAGCCCCUGCACUGGUGCAGCUCCCCGUACUGCUGCGGGCAGGGAGCGGCGCUGAGCAGCUUCAGCGUCUGCGGAGUGGUGCACGUGCCCGAGGGCCGCGUCGGCAGCGUGACCGCGGGACGGAGCAGCUUCCCCUACAAAAUGCCUUUUGCAGCAGAAGGCUGCAAGUCUCUGGACCAGCUGAACCUCACAAUCCCGGUGGCAGGACACCCCGCCUCUCCUGCCCACCCGCUCUCAGGAUGUCCCGUUCCCAGCGUGCCACCGGCUGCAGAGCCCGUCCCUCACCUGCAGACCCCCAACUCUGACCCUCAGACCAUGGCCCGAGAAUGUCCACAGAGCUCCAAGCCCCCCAGCGGCUCCAAGUCCGGGCUGCGGAACACGCCGGGCUGCCUGCACGCCUCCAACAGCAAAGCGGCGGGAGCGCAUUCCCACCCCAAGCAGCAGCGGAUCAGCCGGCGCAGGGCGACCAACGGCUGGAUCCCCGUGGGCACGGCCUGUGAGAAGGCCGUCUACGUCGUGAACGAGCCCGAGCCAGCCAUGCGCAAGAGCUACCAGGCCGUGGAGAGGGACGGGGAGAUCAUCCGGGUGCGCGACACCGUGCUCCUCAAAUCCGGGCCCCGCAAGAAAUCCAUGCCCUACGUCGCCAAGAUAUCGGCGCUGUGGGAAGACCCCAAGACAGGGGAGCUGAUGAUGAGCCUCCUGUGGUAUUACAGACCAGAGCACACUCAGGGAGGCCGCAACCCCAGCAUGCACCAGAACGAGAUCUUUGCGUCCCGGCACCAGGACGAGAACAGCGUCGCCUGCAUCGAGGAGAAGUGCUACGUGCUGACCUUCGCAGAGUACUGCAGAUUUUGUGCCUUGGCAAAGCGUCGAGUCGAAGGGAUCCCGGGCAGGAAAACCAUCAUGGUUCCUCCCUCGGAGGAGUAUUCCACCCCUCUGCACCGCAAGGUGCCCGAGGACACGGACCCCGAGCUGGUUUUCCUCUGUCGUCACGUCUACGACUUCAGGCACGGGCGCAUCCUGAAGAACCCCCAGUAG